AUGCAGUGGAAGCUAGAAGCAGAGAUCGAAGGCCUCCGGCGUCUCACUGCAGCGGUGUGCUCUUCUACGUCUGCAUUAUUUGCGUGGAAACAUGAAAACCAAGGCAGUGAUGGAUGGGUACCAGGAGGGUAUAUAGAUUCCAUUUUGAUGGAGCGCCUCCCGGGGUCCAUGCCGUUACUUGGUUUGGGGAAGAAGAACAAAGAAGAACGGACUGAGCUUCGCAAAGCCCUAAAGGUCGCGUGGCUUUAUAUUGUUGACUGGGAAGACUGGCGCGAGUCAACCGAAAAAGAUAUCUGGCGUGAUACACACUACAUUCCUUGGAAUCCAGCGUGGGUUCAGAGUCAUAAUUAUGAGGACAUGUCAACGUGGGAGCUUUAA